GGGAUGUGUCGCCCGCCGCUCGGACCCCCCUGGAUCCAGAGCCUCGAGCCCCUGGGAGCGUCUGUAGCCAGCAAGUCGGGGUACAGCAGCCGGGCCCCCUGCGAUCUGGGGCUCAGGUCCCUCAGCCCGGAGCGCCUGUCUCCACUCGCUGCCUGGACCAGACUUUUGGGGCUCGGAGCCCCCAUUAGGUCCUGUAUCCGGACCCCGCCGGGAUCCAGCAUUGAAGAUUGAACGCCACCAAAAGUCUGUGCCGGUCCCUCCCCUGGGGGAUAAGGCACCCGGGAGGCCCUGCAUUUCUGGGGCUCGUCCCUACAAAUUUCCUCUCUUCCUUGUACCCUGAAGAUCCUGGGUUUGUCUCCGCGUCUGGCUGUCACUUGGGGUGUGACUCCCUCCCUGGAAACUGCUUCAGCUCCCCUGCCCUGGCCUGUGUGUCGCCCCUGGGAUGCUUUACUGGACCCUGGAGCUGCCGCCUUGGGAUGCCGUAAAGAGCCAGAGGAGGAGGAGGAAGAAGCAGGAGGAGAUGCAGGCUCAUUGUGGCGGAAACGGAGCUUUCCGGGCUGCCGGCCCAGCCCUGUGAAGCCAGCGGAGAGAGUGCCCUCCUGCCGUCCGAUGUGAGCGAUGGAAGAGCCCGGCUGUGAGCCGAGCCAGCCACAGGGGGAGGAGCGGCCGUUCAAAUGCGGGCAGUGUCAGCGUAGCUACCGCCACGCUGGCAGCCUGGUCAACCACCGGCGCACCCACGAGGUGGGACUCUUCACCUGCCUGCUGUGUCGCAAGGAGUUCUCCAACCCCAUGGCCCUGAAGAAUCACCUCCGCAUCCACACUGAGGAGAGGCGCCACCGGUGUCCGGACUGCGGCCGCAGCUUCCGCGUUGCCUCCCAGCUGGCCAGCCAUCGCCAUUCAGCCCACGCCAGCCAUGGCCAGAAGGGGGAGGAGGACGGGGGGAACAACUUCCAGCAAGGGCAGGACUCCUCAUCAUCGGAUGCCGAUGUUUUCCCCACGCUAGAGGGCGGCGGCGCUGGGACUUUGCUGAGCAACCUGGAGAAAUACAUCGCUGAAUCAGUGGUGCCGGCCGACUUCUCCCAGUUGGAAUUCCCCGGCAAAGCGGAGGAAGGCCAGGAGGCCCCUGGCGUGCCGGCAGAGGAGCGGCGCUAUAAAUGCAACCAGUGCGAUAAGGCCUACAAGCAUGCGGGCAGCCUCACCAACCACAAGCAGAGCCACACCCUGGGCGUCUACCAGUGCGCCGUCUGCUUCAAGGAGUUCUCCAACCUCAUGGCGCUCAAGAACCACUCCCGGCUGCACUCGGAGUACCGCCCCUACAAGUGCCCGUUGUGCUGCAAGGCUUUCCGCCUGCCCAGUGAGCUGCUGAGCCACCAGAAGGCCCAUGAGAAAGCCCGCUGGGCUGGGAGAGCCCCCUCGGAGGGAUCGGAACACAGCGUCUCGGAGGAGGACUCCAUUGAGACUUCGGCCAAGCUGGAUAUCUACCAGCUGCCGGCGGCUGCCUUCGGAGAGGGCGCCCCCUGCAGUUUGAAGGACGGGGCGAAGGCUGGAGGCGGGGACCGGGGCAAUCCGGAUGGGGAGCUGUGCGUGAGGUGUGGGGGAAGCUUUGCCGAUGAGGAGGAGCUGAGGAACCACAGCUGCCUCUAUCCGGAGGAGGAGGAGGAAGAGGAGAAAGAGGAUGGGGGAGGCUUGGCCCAACCCACGAUGGAUUCGGAGGGAGCCUGGGAGGCCAGUGGUAAGGACGGAGACCAAGCGCGGCCCUACCGGUGCGGGGAGUGUGGCCGGACCUACCGCCAUGCUGGCAGCCUCAUCAACCACAAGAAAAGCCACCAGACGGGCGUCUACAGCUGCAACUUCUGCUGCAAGCAGCUCUUCAACCUGGCGGCCCUCAAGAACCACCUGCGGAUACACCUCAAAUCCAAGCCGGCUUCCCGGCCCGGCCUCCAGUACUCCUGCCCCCCAGCGCCCGAAGAGGCCACUUGCCACCUUGACCAGAGCCCCACAGAGCCAGCUGGUGGGGAGAGGGCCACGGAGCCACCAGGUUGUGGGGAAGCAGAUGGAGGAGGUGUUCUCAAAGAGGAGGAGACUGGUUGUGUGGAGGAGGAAGAGGACGGGCCAUCAGAGGAGAGGCCUUACCGCUGCGGGGAGUGCGGCCGGACCUACCGGCACCGGGGUAGCCUGGUCAACCACCGGCACACCCACCGGACGGGCAUCUACCAGUGCUCCCUGUGCCCUAAGCAGUACUCCAACCUGAUGGCCCUACGCAACCACGUCCGCAUGCAUUUCCGAGCAGCGCGGGGCAAGGAGCGGGGGAGUUACGCCUGCACCAGCUGUGGAGAGAGCUUUGAGGAGGAGGCAGAAUUCCAGUGGCACCAGCUGCGCCAUGCACCCGGGGAUGCCGCCCCCUGCCCCCAGGAGGAGAAGGAGGAGAAGGAACCGGGCAGUGUCCACACGCGGGAGGCGGCGCUGCUGCUGGCCAUCAAGCGAGAUGUGGAGGAAUUGGAGGCGGCAGGGCCAGCGCCGGGGAUGUCUCACAUCUGUGGCUGCUGCGGGAUGAUCUUUCACGACCUGGGCAGUUUACAGAGCCACGCCCUGGCGCACGGCGAUGGGGAAACUGGCACGGGAGAGGGUGAGGCGGAGCCGCCAGGCAGACGGGUGUACAGCUGUGAACUCUGUGGCAAGUCCUACCGCCACUCGGGCAGCCUGAUCAACCACAAACAGACGCACCAGACGGGGGAUUUUGAGUGCUCGCUCUGUGCCAAACGCUUCUCCAAUGUGGCUGCCUUCAAGAGCCACUUACGUGGACACCAGAAGCCGAGGAAGGGCCGAGCGGGGGCAGAGGAGGAAGAGGAAGGGAGUGUGGCAGAGGCGGAGCCCAGAGAUGCCCCUGAUGGCACAAUGCAGCCGGACGGAAGUGGAGAUGUCGGGCGUGGUGGCCCAGAGAGUACCCGGGUUGGAGAGGAGGGGACGCUGGGCGAGGAGGAGUCCCAGCGGAGCUACAAUCUGCGGGGAGGCAGCGCGGUGAACGGCUGGCAACACCUGAAAGAGGAGGAGGAGGGCAAAGCUUCACCGCCCAGCAGCCCCAACUCUCAGCCCUACCCGUGUGAAAUCCUUGACCACAAGCACAGCCAGCAGCUGGGCAUAUACCAGUGUUCCCUGUGCCCGAAGGAGUAUUCAAACCUGGAGGCACUGAAGAGUCACUUCCGUGGCCAUGCCACGGCCCAGCAGCCGGGCGCCAGCACCGAGGAACGUCCCUUCCUUUGCAGCCUCUGUGGCAUGAUCUUCCCAGGCGAGACGGACCUGCAGCACCACCAUGGCUUGGCUCAUGACAGGGAGGGGGAGCCUCAGGAAGGCAGCUUGGAGGCUGGCAAGGAUGCAGCUUUUCCCAGGCUCCAGCAGGAGGUGGAGGGGCGCCCAGAUGAGCGCGAUGGGGAGGAAGAGAUGCUCCUCUCCCAUAUCUGUGGCUACUGCGGGCAGACGUUCGACGACAUGGCAAGCCUUGAAGAGCACAGCCUGGGCCACCGAGAGGAGAAGGAAGCGGCGCUGGCUGAUACCACCAUCCAGCUGCGGCUGGGACCGCGUCCAGAGCUGCCAGAGGAGCAGAAAUCCGGCCUGACGCCCCCAGACAGCCGUCCCUAUGCCUGUGGGCAGUGUGGGAAAACCUACCGGCACGGCGGCAGCCUGGUCAACCACAAGAAGACCCACCAGGUCGGAGAUUACCAGUGUGGCGUCUGCUCUCGUCAGUACCCCAACCUGUCUGCCUACCGCAACCAUCUCCGUAAUCACCCCAAGUGUAAGCUGAAUGACAGCCGGCCAACCGGCAACGGGGACAGUGUACGGAAGGAGACAGCGCUCCCACACGGCAGGGAGGGAGGAGAGGCGGCUGUGGCCCCAGCUCACGGAAAACAGGACCCAGGCGGCAGCGAUGGCGAGGAGUGCAAGCUGCACGUGUGUGAUGUCUGUGGGGAGCUGUGCCAGGGGGCAGCAGGGCUGGAGGCACACUGUGCCGCUCAGCACCCGGAGGAGGAGGAAGAGCUGGUCAGCGUUGCCGAGGAGGAGGGUGGCAGCGGCGGCAGUGGGGAGGAAGGUGCUGCGUCAGAGCGCCCUUUCUGCUGCGAGCAGUGCGGCCGGAGCUACAAGCAUGCGGGCAGCCUGAUCAACCACAAGCAGACCCACAAGACGGGCCUCUUCCGCUGCGCCAUCUGCCAGAAGCUCUUCUACAACCUCAUGGCCCUGAAAAACCACAACCGCAUUCACUUCGAGACCAAGCGCUACAAGUGCACCCAGUGCCCCAAGGCUUUCCGCCUCCAGAAGCAGCUGGCCAGCCACCAGCGUGUCCACCGUGAGAGGAGACCGCCACUGCCUGCCUCAUCCUCCAGAAAGUUGGCUCACGCCAAGAGAGCAGGCAAGGCCCAGACCGACGGUGGUGGGGUCUCAGAGCCGCCCGCUGCCUCCAAGAAGGACCCCGAGGAGCGGCCAUACCGGUGUGAGCAAUGUGGGCGGACCUACCGCCAUGCCGGCAGCCUUCUCAACCACCGCAGGAGCCACAAGACCGGCCAUUACUGCUGCCCCGUCUGCCCCCGGGCCUACCCUAACCUCAUGGCCCUCAAGAACCAUCAGCGCAUCCACUUUGAGGUCAAGCGCCACCGCUGCCCUGACUGUGGCAAAGCCUUCAAAUGGCAGAGGCAGCUAGUGAGGCACCAGCUGAUCCAUGCCCAGCGUCGGCCUCGUCCUGGCAGCAGGAGCUCCCCUGGCCGCCCCUUACUGGAGGGCAGUAGCCUUGUCCAGAGCAAGACGGCACGAGAAUGGCGGGCCGCCCGGAGGGAGCAGGGUGGCAGCCACGUUGAUGCCUCAGGUGGCCGCGGUGACGGUGGCCAUCUUGGCACUACCUCAGGUGGCCAUGUUGAUGGUACCUCAGGCCCUCAUGUUGACAGCAGCCAUGUUGGCAGUGCAUCAGUUGGUGCCUCAGGUGGCCAUGUUGGUGGUGCCUCAGGCAGCCAUGUUGAUAGCAGCUCUGUUGGCGGUACCUCAGGCAGCCAUGUGGGCAGUGCAUCAGUUGGUGCCUCAGGCGGCCAUGUUGACACUGGCACUCAAACCCCAGUGGGUGUCACUCAGGCACCCCUUGGCCCUUUCCAGUGCCUGGUCUGCCCCAAGCAAUUUCCCACCCCAUCAGCCCUCAAGAACCAUGGCCGGGUCCACACUAAGAAGCGGUUCGAGUGCUCGGAGUGCGGCAAGGCCUACCGGGCCUCUCGGGACUUGGUCCAGCACCUGUGGCGGCACCAGGCCGAGGCAGAGGCUGGGGCCACUCCUGGCACCAACGGCCUGGUGGACCAGCGCCCCUACAAGUGCGACCGUUGCGAGCGGACGUACCGCCAUGCUGGCAGCCUCCUCCACCACAAGAAAGUCCACACCACCGGUCUCUACCGCUGUCCUGCCUGCCUAAAGGAGUUCCACAACCUCCUGGCCCUCACCUACCACCUCCGCACCCACUCGGACAAGAAAGGCCGCCGCUGUCCGGACUGUGGCCAAGCCUUCAGGACUUCCAGCCGGCUGGCCAGCCACGCCAAGGCCUGCCAUGGCCAGGUUGGCUGUGCUGAAGUCGGCCACGCUGCCACAGGAGGGGCCCAGGGGCCUGAGGCAGGCUCCUGCCAGGACGCAGGGGUGGAUGGCAGUGCCACUGCCGCCAUGGGGCAAGUUAGCUGAGGGUCGUGUGAAUGACUGUGCGAAUGUGUGGGUGGGUGGGGGACGAGAGGGGAUGGAGAGAUGGAGGUGGGGAGUCAAUGUCGAUUGUUGUCCUAGCACCAAAUCAUUAGGAAGGGGAGGAAUUUUCAGAGGCACAAAUGGAGUUGGGUGGGAGAGGUGCCCAGUCUGCCAGUGGGAGGGAGGCAGUUUGUGGGUGCCAUGGAAUAAUCAGUGAGGGAGGGUUUGGGGUGGACCCCAGUUCUCCAAUGGAUGGGUGAGGGGAAACAGUGUUCGUUUGAUUCUCUGCUGCCUUUUGUGCCUCUGAGAACUUUCCCUUUAACCCUGUGUUACCUUGUUUCGGCCCUCAAUUCAGGAGAGAUCUUAAGCAUCCGCUUUACUCUAAGCACGUGCUUUAAAAACUUGAUUGCAAUCAAUUGGAUUUAUCAGCUUGGCUGUAGUUCUCAACAGAUUCCACUGAAAUUGGUUCAGAUGAUGCUCCAGUGAUCUCUUGCACAGGAGCCUAAACGUUGUGGUUUUUUUUUUUUUUUUUUAAAAAAGCCACACACAACAUUGGUGCCAUGUUUUUAUUUUGGUUUGGUUUGGUUUUUUGACGUCUGUAGAAUUUAAUUUUCUGGUUUGUUUUGACCAGUUCCCAGCUCCUUUUUAAAUGGUGUCUGUUAUUGGAGAAGAAGGACAUUUUAAAAAUUGCUUUCAUUUGAAAAAAUAAUAAUUUUGCCCCUAAAAAUUGACACGUGGAAAAAAUAGCCUCCUUUUUACCUCCCCCCUCCCCAAAAUUGGUUAAGAUGCCCCUGCAAAAAGUCUAAAUAUAUUUAAUUUCAAAUAUCUGUAAUUUAACAAAAACUUUUAAAAAUAGACACAUCUUGUCUGAGACUGUUCUGUUGUGUUUUUUUGGAAGAGGGCGAAAAUUAUAUAUACAAAUUUUAAAUUUCCUCCUCAAUCAGCAAAAGUUGGUCUUAAAAAAACAACAACAAACUUUAAAAAAAAAAAAAAAAAAAAGAGGAAACAAACGAAUAAAAAGGGGCACGUUUUGUACUGAGAGCAAAUUGCCUUAACUGUAAUAAUUUUCCUCCCAAAAUAAAAACAAAUUUUUUUUAAAAAGAACUAAAUUU